AUGACUUCAAAAAAAUAUACAUCAAAAAAGUCGUCAGGCAAAAAAAGAACACCAAGUGGGUUUAUACUUUAUAAAAACACAAACAGACUAAAUCCUCAUGAUGCCAGUAAACGAUACAAACUGGAAACUGAAGACGUCCGUAUAGCUUUUGAAAGACAGGCAGAAAUGAUACGGUUACGAUCUGAAUCAAAUUAUUUUAGUCUGGAUGAAAAAUUUUAUAAAAAUGUAUAUGCACAAAUGUCUUCAAUUACUCAAAUGAAGAACGUGUCCUAUACUAAGCACAAUCUUAAAGAUCCACAUAAAAUGAUGUUAUUGACUGAAAUUCCGCAGUUAGAAUCUACAUUAAACUUUGUUAACAUGGAUGCAAAUUUUUAUAAAAACUCAGACGCGGCGAUGCAAUUAAUUGCACAAGAGAGGACUGUGCCCCUUUCUAAUAACAGUUUUAAAGAUUCAACUAGCACAGUGUCAAUAGCUGAAAACAAAAAUGCAUUUUGUGUUGGUUCUAACUCAAUUGGGAUUGCUUCUAAUGUCUAUUAUAUGGAAAUGCUUGACAAAUGA